UGAAUAGAUGAGUAGCGCACUGAUAAGCCCUCCCAAGCAAAUCGCAGCAAGCGAUGAACUACGUCAACGACCACUCUCCCGUUCACAAUGUUGGCCACGAUUGCCGUCCCCCUGCUACUGCUGCUGUCAGCUCAAAUCGUGACCGGUGACGGAACAUUCCUCACCGAAGGUGACGUUCUAGUCCUAAGUCCGGACAACUUCCAACUCGCCCUCCAGCGAUUCCCAUCUUUGAUGGUCCAGUUCUACGCCCCCUGGUGUCCCCACUGUCAAGCAUUGGCCCCAAAGUUCCGUAACGCAGCCGCAAAACUAGUCAACUCCCCGGUGAAGCUGGCCAAACUGGACGCCUCUCGGUUCCAGCACUUCGCCCAGCAGCACGGCGUUGACGGGUAUCCGACGUUGAUGUUCUAUCGGGAUGGAGCGGGUGAAGAGUACGGGGGACCUCACGAGGAACCCGCAAUCGUUCGGUGGCUUUCGCGGAACAUCCGAUCUGCUCGGCACGCCGAUCUCGUGAUGGAGUUGAGUGGGGGCAACUUUGAAGCCGCCAUCACGGCGAAUCCCUUCCUGAUGGUGCAGUUCUACGCCCCGUGGUGUCCGUACUGUCAGGAGUUGGCCCCGAUCUACGCCGGUACGGCCGCGGAACUUGUGACGAAGGAUCCCAGGAUCAAACUGGCCAAACUGGACGCCACCAAGGAUCGCUCGUUGGCCGAGUGGUAUGGGGUGAAGCGGUAUCCGACGUUGGUGUUCUUCCGGCAUGGAGUUCCGAUGAGGUAUGAGGGAGUGCGGGAUCAACCGGCGUUGGUCCGCUGGAUGGUGGAACAGGUGCGGCAAGAUGGGAAGUCGGUGGUGAAGUUCCGUUCGGAGGAUGGUCAGCAACCCGUUGUUGGGGCUGAAAGUACGACGAAGAGUGCCUCGAAGAAAACAGUUCCAGUGAUGAUCAAUCUGAUUGCGAUGGUCGUGGUUUCGACUGUUCUUGGAUAGAUUCUUACGAAAUCUAAAUUAUUUGUUGAAAAAUAUUUAUUCGUGAAAAUGGUCAGUUUAUUUGGAAUUACGAAAUAUAACGCUUUGACUAAAAUCUUCAAAUC